AACAACUUCAAACAAGAUGGCUGACUUUCCGUGACUUGCCAUCGUAAUAUUUUUAAAUUAGACCUUCCUUGUUAUUUUAUAGUAUCAGCGGAUGACUCUUUUACUUUUUUGGGGAAGGCUUUGAUUCUUUUAUGCAGAUUGAAUAUUUAGUUCGCUCGAAAGCCACCGAAGAUAACAUGAUCAAAUUAAAAUGAGUCGAUGAACUUUGAAACACUCUCAAAAACCAAGGCAACAUCCAAAAAUCUAGUGAUAGUAUAUUCCAACGACAAUUAUUGAAAAUAUUUUAAAAAGAUGGCAGCAUAUAAGUUUACUUCUCACAGACAACUCAGAGGUCUGCUAAAUGAUGCAGAAGUUAAACAGAAAAAAGAUAUUGCACAAUUUGCUGGGGGACAUUUGAAUGAAUCUCUAUUAUAUAAGCCUCCUUCUGAGUGGGCUAGUGCAAAAUGGACAGCUGGCAAAGAUACCACAAGUUCUAGUCCAAGGUCAGCUGUUUCUAGAGAAACAAAUCACACUGAGGGAAAGAAAAUGAAGAAUGUUUUAAAUGUUCUUUAUGACUUUAGUGUGGGUACCUCAGGAAGUCUUCCAAUACCUAGCAAAAAGUCCUCACCAAACAAAAAAGAGUACAAAAAAGAAUAUCAUGACUCUAGACCUGUUUCUACGAGGAAGGAUAUAAGUCCUGUAUCUCGUAAAUCUAUUUAUAGUGAAUUAAAUGAUGGUGUGCUAGUGGAAGAGCUUAAAGCAGAAGAGAUGAUGUUACCCUAUCCUGUUAUAGCUCCACUUACGAAGAAAAGUCCUCCUCCUGCAGACUAUGAUGUAAUGGAAGAGUUAACAGAGAGACUUGAUAAUGAUGGAUAUCUGACAUUUAGACAUACGUUUUUACCUACACACCACACAGGUGUGACAAAGAAAGAUCAGUUUCAGAAAAUGAAACAGUUUGAAAGUGGUGUGUUAAGGAAACAGGAUUCAUCUGAGCAGAAUGUGUUGACUGGAGUGAAAGCAGUGGAGCAUCUAGAAAAAAAGUUAAAACUGGAAUUAGACAAUUUAAAUAUAUUUGAUACAGGACCUAAUUUUCAUAAAUUACAAGUGUAUAGUAAUAUAUAUGAAGAUCUCUUGCUAGAAUCGGCUACCUUUGCUUAUGUUCUGAGAUGUAUUAAGACAGAAUAUGACAACUAUAUUUCUAGACUGUUGGAUAAACAAACACCACAAAAUAGUAGAAUGCUUCGGGAUCAAGUCCAGCAGAUGACCAGUAGAGGAACAUCAAGACCUAAAGACUUAAGUGAUGCCAAACAAAAAGUUGUGACUUUGGAGGAAAAAGCCACAUUAUGCUUGGAAGAAAAUGAAAGACUAAGAAAGAAGUUAGAUGAAGAAAAGAUAUGGUUAGAAAAUGUUUCAGAACUAGAACCUCGGCCUGCUAUUUCCAGUGUAUAUAAGGAAGAACCACCUCCAGAAUUAUGUGAUGAAAUAGAGCAUGUUAAAUCUCAGAUCUUAGAAAAACUUGAUGAUUUACAGGAUUUGCGAACAAAAUUAAGAGCUGAUUACGUUCCUUUAACUGUGUGCUCUCACCUAGAACAGUGCAUUAAAGAAACUGAGAUUGAAGUUCAAAAGUUGUUAAAACAGAAUGAGUAUUUAGAGAAGACAAUAGGAGAUAUGGAAAGUGAACUAAAAGAUGCUAUACAAGAUGCUGACACUAGUGAGAGAGAUGCUAGGCGUAUUUGGAGGAAAGUUAAUUCAAGACGAGGUUUGCCAGGAUCAACUGGGGAAGAAGAUGACGAUGAUGAUGAUGAAAGUAAAUGGAACUGGUAUAUCUCAUAAACAAUAAAGGCAUGGAACCAGUCUGUGAUAAAACUGUGAUAAUCUCUAAUCUCUGAAUAAUCUCUAAUCUAUGGAAUGAUAGACAAAAUGUAUGUUAGAGAGUGUUUAACAGAGUAUGGAAAAAUAAGUAUCUAACAGAAUUUGUGUAUUGCAUGUGAGGUGUUGUACCAAUUCUGUUUUGCAUGAAGAAAGUUCUCUAACUAUUGAUUUUUCAGAAUCAACCAGAAAAGGUGUUCAGGUGAUAUACAAAGUUAUAACAAGGUGCUACAAAAGUGUGUGUACAUUAUUAUGUCACAUAGUGCAAAAAUUAAAUUAAAUUUUGUUGCAUCCUCUGCAAAUUUUUAAGGGAUUUUUUUCUCAAAUCAAUAAUAAAAAAAAAUCUUGGAAACAUGAUAGUAUAUUGUUAAAGAUGAAAUAGUUAAAUUUUGAAAUGACAAAUAUGGAUUUUGAACAAAAAAUGAAGGUUAUUCAGUAUGUUUGUUGAAUUAUUACCUCAACACAAAAUUGUAUAUCUUACCAAAAACACUUAAUGUAAAACUUUACUUCACCAAGACCGACUUGUCUAUACAAUAUAAGAUAAUUAAGAAGUUAAUUCUAUGUAUGUAAGAAUGCUAGUUGUAGGGGUGUUUUUUUUUACAAUGUGUGUGGUGUUUCUGUGCUAGAGAGAGAGAAAGUUUUUUUAUGUUUGAUUGUGCAGAAUAGCUUGUAUGAUGUAAGAAAAACAGUGAACUAAUAUGUGUUUGUUGCUAAAAUAUGAAAUAAAAAGUUGUUUUACUGUA